AUGGUGAAAAAUUUUUUUCUCUCUUUCAGCUAUUGGUGCGUCGAGGUGUACGCCCCGUUCUUGAGCAACGCCAUCAUCACUUCCGCCCAAAUCGCGAUGACGUAUUCGGCGCAGCUACUCGGUAAUGCGCUGUCCAUCAACAGGUUCUUUGCCAUAUUUCUGGAUGGGAUGUUCUAUCGGUACGCGGAAAGGCUCGCCGUUCCGCACGCGCUGCUCGCCUGGGCCUUUCCGGUGGCGCUGUUUUGCGGAGCGAUCGGAAACCUUUACAACUCUCGGCAGCACUUCACGUGCUACGGGGGGCUCCAUUGGGACCCGCUGAACUACACGAACUUGAUCUUCUACACAUGGGCCACGAUUAUGUUCCAGUUUUUGGCCCGCCUCGACUAUUUCAUGUACGCUGUGCUGGCGCUUUCACUGGUGCUCGAUCUAUCCACUUUCUUCAAGCUGCGGAAAUUCGUCCUCCAUGCCAACGACAGAAAGCGGUCGGACCGAAAAGUCGCGUUAAUCGUAACCCACGCCAUCACCGGGAUUUUCUUCAUUGGCAAUUUUUUGACGAACACGCUACUGCAUCGCCGGGAAACGCUGACCCCGGUCCAGGAAUAUAUCAUCAAUGAGGGGGCACCGGUCAUCGGUCACAUUGCCUACACGCUCGUCGUCACGCUCUUCAAUCGACCGACCAAGAGAAGCGGCUACGAAACCGAAAAGCUCUACAACCCGCUGCAAAAGUUUACCUGCUACGGUGGGCUGCAUUGGGACCCGCAGAAUUAUACAAAUAACAUUUUGUACUCGUGGAAUUCGUUUAUAUUUGAUAUAGUUAUCAUGAACAUUGAUUAUGUUAUGGCGGGCGUACUCGUGUUCUCACUAAUCCUGGAUUUGGUGACGCUAUUCAGGCUCAGGAACUUUGUCCAAAGAGGCGACAAGAAACGCAGAGCCGAUCGGAAACUUACUGUAAUGUUGAUCGUGACCCACAUCAUCACGGCUAUAUUCUUGAUUGGAAAUUCGAUUACCCGAUACCUUCGACCGACCCUUGUUCUCACUCCGGUGCUUACGUAUAUCUGUAAUGAGGGGGCCCCAGUUAUUGGGCAUAUCAUUUUCACUCUCGUCGUCACCUACUUCAACCGUAAUCCUCGCGAAAAUUCGAAGAAUCCGAAGAUUAUCAGCGUCACCGAGUCGGGGCGUGAUCAGUCAAGCCCGAGGAAG